CCAGGAGCUAUCGACUUUCGCAAUUCUCCAAUUCUUGCUUUUACACAUAGAGUAACCUGUCUUUCUGUUUUGAUUGAACAAAAUGGACUUUCCUCAAUGAUCUACAAAAUACGCAAAGGGCAGUACAAGUACAAAGCGUCACUUGAAAACUAGCAAGCGAAUACAGCAUUUCCACCAUGCCUAAGAACCCAAAGUUUGAAUAUGAUGCAAAGCAGCCUGCAUUCCUACAGAAACUCCGGGGCCAGUAUGGAGACAACAACGGUCGCUUGGAGCGGCCUGCUUUACGACCCACCAGACUCAAGGUCAAUAAGGACGACGACGACGACGAGCCUACCUACAUCGACGAAGAAAGUAACGAAGUGAUUUCCAAGGAGGAAUACAAGGAAUUGGUUGGUGAAAACAGCCCGAAAGCGGAGGGCGAGGCCGACAACUCAGCGAAGGACAACUCCACUGGCGAUCAAGACAAAUCCCAAACAGAACUUUCCACCAGCAAACAGAACAAUCUCACUGAGGUUGGAGGCCAGAGGAAACGGAAACAGGCCAGAGUGGUGGGUGAGGACAAGGCCGAAGCCGAAGAAGUCCAGCCCAAGGCGACUAUGAAGAAAUCCAAGAAGCCCAAGAAGAUCAAGCUAUCCUUUGACGAGGAAUGA